CAAAUAUUUGGCAAUUUUAGAAGAAUCGCUUUUACCAGUGAUGGAAGCCUCAAAAAGACUAUAAAAUGGAUGGAAGAAAAUAAUGAACCACUUUUGAAUUGGGGUUCGAGCAGUCCAGACCUGUCACAUAUUGAAACUUUGUGGCACGAGAUGAAAAAGGUUCUACGACAACAUCCUACUCGUACGAUUGUAUAUCACCGAACUGAGACAAAAGCUUCAAGAAAGAUGGGAUUGCUGUACACCAAAUUUUUGCCAAAACUUGGUUAACACUAUGCCCCAAAGAAUUUCAGCCGUAAUAAAAAA